AGAAGAACAAAAUCAAAUCAAAGAGAGAAAGAAAAGCUAUUGGCCUCUCCAAUUUCCGGCCGCGGGGCAAGAGAAGAAACCCAACCCGACCUCUGAUUCCCCAAUCGCCACCCCUCCUCCGCCGCCACCCAUGGCGUCCGCGGCCGCCACCUCCGCCCCGCUCCGCCUCCUCUCCUCCUCGCCCCUCUCCAGGCCGCUCCUGUCCAGGCCCCACCUCCUCACCCUCUCCCGCCCCGUCUCCUUCCAGCGCCUCGCCGCCAGGUCCGCCGCCUCCCCGACCCCCUCCACCUCCUCCUCCGCCCCCGCCCCCGUCGACCCGGCGCAGCUCCCCCCGGCGCUCAGGGACAUCAUCGCGCUCUUCCAGUCCGUGCCCGACGAGCGCACCCGCUACAAGCAGCUCCUCGCCUACGCCGCCCGCCUGCCGCCCAUGGACCCGGCGCUCAAGUCCGACGCCAACCGCGUCCGGGGCUGCGUCUCCCAGGUCUGGGUCCACGCCGCGCCGGAGGCGGAGGCCCCCGGCUGCGUCAGCUUCCAGGCCGACUCCGACGCGCAGCUCACCAAGGGCCUCGCCGCGCUGCUCGUGCUCGGCCUCUCCGGCGCGCCCGCCAGGGACGUCGCCAUGGUGCCCGUCGAGUUCAUCGAGAUGCUCGGGAUCAGGCAGAGCCUCUCGCCCUCCCGGAACAGCGGCCUGCUCAACAUGAUCAACCUCAUGAAGCUCAAGGCGCUGGAAAUCGCUGCGGGCCAGGAGGUGACUGGCGGCCAAGAAAUCCGCCAGGAGCGUACUGAAACGCCUGCCGUGGAGAAGGAGGAGCCUCAGUUUGAGGCUUUCGGUGGGCAAGCGCAUGAGAGUUCAGAGGCGGAGAGGCCUGAGGAGGAGGAAUUCGAGGAGGAACCGGCUGCUGUUGUGGAAGGAAAUGGCAGCCUUGGAGGUGGGAGGAAGGAGAGGAUAAGGGAUAGUUUGGAGAGAGGGCUUUCACCACUGGAGCUCAAGAUUGAGGACAUCUCGUAUCAACACAGUGGGCAUGCCGGGGUAGCAGGUAGCGAUGGAGAGACGCAUUUCAAUGUGCGGGUGGUGUCCAAGGAGUUUGAGGGGAAGAGCAUGCUCAAGAGACACAGGGCUGUGUAUGAUCUCCUGCAGGAUGAGCUCAAGAGUGGGCUGCACGCGCUGUCCAUCGAUGCAAAGACACCAUCUGAAGUCUAGUUAAAACCAAGAUGGUGUCAUCGACAUAUUGCAUCACUGAUAAUCAGUUCUUGAGGAUGAUUGUAAAAUUACUUUGAUGGGUUGGUGUCUUGGUGAUCCAUAGCUUCAUUGCAUAUUGACUGUACCAGGUUAGCAGCAAGGACAAUGAGCAGAGGAGAAAGGGGGUCUCCUUCUCUAACUCCUAUGGAACUCAUUGAGCAAUAUAGCAGGAGUGCCUUAUUUGAAGAUCAUGUGUAUCCAAAUGAGCCAUCCAGGGCCAAAAUCUUUAGCUUUGAGAAUAUCCACGAUGGUAUUGUGCUCAAUAAGAUCAACAACUUUUUCAAAACUUGACUUAACCACCAGGAUCUGUUUCUUGGAGUGAUGGCAUUGGGAUAUAUAUGUUCAUAAGCCCAGACCAAGCAGUUUUGAAUGGUUAUCUUGAUAAAAUCGUAUUCAUUAAUGUGGACCAAUUUGAGAAUGAC